AAAGAAGAAGAAGAAGAAGUUUGUUGUGGCGGCGCACGUGUUCCCUCCGGUGUCAAAUUUUGUAACCCGAAGGAAACGGUGAAUAUGGUACCACAGCCUAACUAGCCCCAUAAAACACUCAAGAAGAAGAAGAAACAGUGAAUAUGCCACUCGUUCAUUCCUAAUCAUUCAAUAGCUCAAACGUCUUUUCGUAGUCUUGAAGAGUUUCUUACCUACCAGUCUUACCUACCGUAGGUUCUUCUCAGUGCUGGAACAAGGUUGACAUCACCAUGGACACUGUAGAUGAGCUGGUACAGUUCCUGGCACCUGAGGGCCGCAAGGACAUCAAGAGUGCUGCCUGCAUGACUGUUGCACAACUGACUGGCACCUCUGAAGGCCUGCAAUUAUUAUCUUCUCGCUCUGAUGCUUUGGUGGCAGUGAUGAAGCUAAUCCAUGAUCCUGAAAUCUUCACUGCCAAGGACUCCAUGAGGAUUCUUGUUAAUGUGUCGGCAGAGGAGGCGGGUGCAUCAGCCCUCUUAGCUGUAAAGGAGCCUGAGGUUGUGGCUGAGAUGGUGAAGUGUAUUGAAGACAGGGACUAUCCACAUGCUGACUUUGCUUGUGGGGUUCUGGCUAAUUUAUCCAAUCGAGCAAUGUGCCAAAAGGUCUUGGACAAGGUAAAUGCUGGGCCCUUGAAGCUAGAGGGGCUAACAAAGAUACUCUGCCAGAUGGACUACAACAAGAAGGGUGCCAAGCUGCAUCUGCUGGCUCCUGUCAUCACUAACUUCUCUCAGCUAGAAGAUGGAAGGAGACAGAUCAUGGACAAGGACGGCUUUGUGCUACACCGUUUGCUCCCGUUCAUGUCCUAUGAAGGAGCAAAGGGUCGCCGACACUCAGCUGUUGCCACUGUUCACAACUGUUGCUUCGACAAAGCGAGUCAUGCAUGGCUUCUUGGGGAGGACGUGGAGGUGGCUGGCAGGAUGCUGUUGCCCCUUGCUGGCCCUGACACCUUUACUGAGGAAGAAAAUGACAGCCUACCCCUUGACCUCCAGUACCUGCCCGAUGAUAAGACCAGGGAGCCAGAUCCUGAGAUUCGCAAACUGCUGCUGGAGGCUCUCAUGCAGCUGUGUGUGACAAGGCAAGGGAGGGAAAGGCUAAGGGAGCAGAAUGCCUACUUGAUUCUUAGAGAACACCACAAGUGGGAGGAGGACCGCCACUGCCUCUUACUUAAUGAAGAUGUGGUAAACCUUCUCAUCAGGACAGAGGAAGAGAUAGGUGUAGAUGACCUCUCCAGUGUGGAUGUGCCCCGGGACUUGGCAGAGAAGUUCACCUCACAGGAUGAAAAAUAUCUGACAGGGGGAGACACCACCUGAAACAUGUACACAUUUGGGGAGGCGGUGGCUGAGUGGUCAGCGUGCGGGCGUGGUGUCCUGGAGGACCCAGGUUGGUGUUGUGAGCUGUCCGGGUCUGAUCUGCGCAUGCGUGAGCUGUCCAGGUUUUGUUUACAAAUUUCAUACACUGCAUUAAAUCUUUUGAUAGCUUA